GAAGCAAUGCAAGCACAGUAGACUCCUCUCCCUUCCUCCCCUCCCCUCUCCCCAACUCCCCACUUCCUAAGCCGGAUCAGCGUUUAAGGAGGGCAGUCAUCAUCACGCAAUCCUGAGCAGCUGGAGCUGACGCUGGACUGAGUUGCCAGGUAGCUGAAAAAAGGCAGAGAAGGCAGCUGAUACCCACUUUUCAACGUUUCUUUCUUUUUUUUUUUUAAAGUCUGGAUCUGGACUUCAAGCAUCACAGCACCCGAACCAGCUCAUCUGAACCCUCAGUGUAUUGCAAUACCCUCUCUUCCCAAAGAAAAGAUUCCACUGAGUAGCAGAAUGCUCGCAGUGUCGCAGCCAAGACUACAGCGCAGAGCCUUUCUGUGAAUUUGUGUGUGUGCGUGUGUGUGUGUGUGAUUCCUUUCUUUGAGGGCACCUUUGGUUUUUGUUACCCUGAUGUGACUUUUGCUUCGCUUUGGAAUGAUGGGGAUCUUUCUGGCUUAUGUUGGAUGCAUUUUCUUUUCCGUGUUGUAUAUUCAACAAGGACUUUCUACCCAAGCAAAAUUCACCGAGUUCCCCAGAAAUGUCACAGCCACUGAAGGGCAGAACGUGGAGAUGUCGUGCGCUUUCCAGAGCGGCUCCGCCUCGGUGUACCUCGAGAUCCAGUGGUGGUUUCUGCGAGCAGCCGAGGAGCAGGAGGCUGGAGGCGACGUGCCGGGCACUCAGGUGGAGCUCUUACCAGAGAGAGACUUGGACAAUGACGGAACAAAGAUAAGCACAGUGAAAGUACAAGGGAAUGACAUCUCCCACAAGCUGCAGAUUUCAAAAGUGAGGAAAAAGGAUCAAGGCUUGUAUGAGUGCAGGGUGACAGAUGCCAACUAUGGAGACCUUCAGGAAUACAAGGCCCAGGCAUUUCUCAAAGUCAAUGCUAACAGCCACUCUCGGCGAAUGCAGGCCUUUGAAGCAUCCCCAAUGUGGUUGCAAGAUAUGAAACCUCGCAAGAACAUCUCAGCAGCUGUUCCCAGUAGCGUCCAUAACUCUUCCAAUCAGCGAAUGCGCUCCACCGCCAGCCCUGAAGCAGCAGCUAAAAUCCCAAAACAGAGUCCACAAUCAGCAAAGAGCAAAUCGCCUGUAAAAUCCACGGAGCGGACAGCAAAGUUGACCCUAACCUCCAACCACCACUCUGCACCCAAUGUACUCUAAUUCUCUACACAUGGAGCACCUUCAGGAAGUACAAAAAACAAAUAUAUAUAUAUUGUUUAAACAUAUAAAUAUAUAUGAAGAGGAUACCACAUUUUCUUGAUCUAUAUUAUUUUCUUUGCUGUAUCACUGAUCAUUUAUUUGCCAAGAACUGGUGUGAUGUAACAGGACAUUUUGUAACAGCAAGACCUAGUUUCCUUUUCUUUCAGCAAGUAGAAGCAUCAUAUCCUUGACUGCUCAGGGGUUGGCUUGCAAGUCAUCAGUAUUAUACAAAUUCACUACAGAUGAUAUUUGGUUUCCUUCUUUGAAAGAACCAUGGCAGCCAUGAGGCAAACAGUGGCCAAAAAUAAAAAAACAAAACAAAAAAUCCCAAGAGAACAAAAUGACUCCGCAUCACCUCUGACAAAAAGCCCUCAGAAACUUUGAUUAAAAGCCUAUUUUUUGUGGGGGUCAGGAGUGCAAAACAAAAAUACCAACAUUGCAAAGCAACUAACAGGACUAAAGGACAUUGUUUCUGAAGACAAGCAAGAAGCACUAUUGAGGGUUUUUUUUUUAUUUUACUUUUUUGAAAUUUUCUCUUUUUUUCCCCCCCCAUCCCCUUCCUUUUCCUCUCUUUUCUCUUGGUUUGUUUCUUGUUCAAUGGUGGCAGUUGCUGACUUAGGCCAACCCCUAUUGACUGUGUGGUGGUAAUAUAAAUACAUUUUUUGUGUGUGUGUUCUAUAUUUCAAUGUGUUUUCUCUGAUUUUGCAACUCUGUAUAUGCAAAACUAACUUCAAUUCUGUAAAUUGCUUACAGUAUGUGUGAUAUAACUUCACAGUAGACAUACCAUGGUCCUCAUGCAAGCCAGUUUUUAAUAUUAUCUAUAUGUCGUGCCACCAACAGACAUUUUUGUUUCCUUUUUUGAUGAAGCAUUAUUUUUUAAUUUGUAAUUCAGUACUGUGUGGAUUUUGUAAUACAUGCAUUCACUUCCACUGGUUUGACCCCUUGCAGAUGGCAAUGCAGCCCUCUGUUUACUCUGUAAAAUGCACAUUAAAAUUUGUUAUGGUCUCUGAACAAUGAAUUAUUUUACUUGUGUGUAUGCUAUGUUGUAGUCUGGUGGCUCAAACCCCUUUUAAUUUAUUAUGUUUACUGAGGAUGAAAUUAUUUUAUCAUCAGAGAAUGUAAAAUGUAAGUCUGCAGGCAAAUAUUGCAUGCAAGCAAGAACAAGAGAAAAAAAAAUCAGAAUGUACUCCUGGAAGAUAUUCUUGUAAUGAUGAGUUUUAGUCAAAUGAAAUUUUUAGAAUGAUUCACUGAAGAACUCUUCCUGCUAUGGCUAAAAAGGUAUCUUUUCACCCUUUCUGUAGGUGGCUAGCCAUCUUUCAUAGUCUUCAUUAUAUUUCUUUAUGCCUAUGACAUGAAAAUGAAAAUGUUGCUUUGGCUGAAAGUAAUAUACAUAACAUGAAUUACAUUAAUUAAUGAAGGAAGGGAAAACUACAAAUAUUUGUUGAUUAAAUCAGCUAGGUAGCUUUUAAUGUCCUUCCCGCUUUUCACCCCGAUUGAAUAAUCCAAAUCCUUCCUGCUGUUUCAUAUACUAACUCAGACAAAAGUGUUACACUGAAUCAUGUAAAGUAUUGUAUUAUUUAUUAGAGGACUCUAACUAUGUCUGCUCAGCUAUAAAAGACUGACCCCUCAACAUAUUUUUCCUUUAUAGACAAGAAAAAUUAGCUUAGCUACAUUUAACAUCCUACAAGUAUAAGGUCUUUAUAUUAAAUUUUAAAAGAUCCACAAAGACCCUACCCUUUCACCCUAAUGCCAACAGCAAAAUUCUCAUUAAUUUCAAUGGGAGUAAGAUCAGACCAUAUAUCUCCAGGAUAAAAGAACUAUGCACUAAUGCUUUGUGUCUUUACAUAUUCAUAAAUGAUCUGGAAAAUGGGGUAAACAGUGAGAUGGCAAAAUUUGCAGAUGAUACAGAACUACUCAAGAUAGUAAAUCUCAGGCAGAUGGUGAUGAGUAACAAAGGGAUCUGUCAAAACUGGGUGACUGGGCAACAAAAUGGCAGAUGAAAUUCAAUAUUGAUAAAUGCAAAGCAAUGCACGUUGGAAAGCAUAAUCCCAGCUAUACAUAUAAAAUGGAGUCUAAAUUAGCUGUUACCAUUCAAGAAAGAGAUCUUGCAGUCGUUGUGGAUCUCUCUCUGUAACCACCCACUCAAUGUGAAGCAGCAGUCAAAAAAGCAAACAGAAUGUUGGGAAUCAUUAAAAAAGGGAUAGAUAAGACAGAAAAUAACAUAUUGCCUUUAUAUAAAUCCAUGGUACGCCCAAAUAUUUAAUACUGCAUGCAGAUGUGGUCACUCCCUCUCAAAAAGAUAUAUUGGACUCAGAAAAGAUACAUAAAAGGACAACAAAAAUUAUUAGGGGUAUGGAAUGUCUGCUGUGUGAAGAAAGAUUAAUAAGACUGGGAAUUUUCAGCUUUGAAAAGAGAUAACUAGGGGGAUAUGACUGAUGUCUAUAAAAUCAUGACUGGUGUGAAGAAAGUAAAUAAGGAAGUGUUAUUUACUCCUCAUAACACAUGAACUAGGGGUCGCCAAAUGAAAUUAAUAGGAGAAGAUUUAAAACAAACAAAAGGAAGUAUUUUUUCCACACAAUGCACAGUCAACCUGUGGAACUGCUUGCCAGAGGAUAUUGUAAAGGCCAAGACUAUAACAAGGUUCAAAGAAAAACUAGAUAAAUUAAUGGAGGAUAGGCCCAUCAAUGGCUAUUAGCCAGGAUGAGGAGGAAUAGGGAUGGAUCACUGUUCUGUUCAUUCCCUCUGGGGCACCUGGCUUUGGCCACCGUCGGCCCAUAGGAUACUGGGCUAGAUGGACCUUUGGUCUGAUCCAAUUUGGCCGGUCUUAUGUUCUUAUGUCUGGAUAGUAUGAAGGUACAAACUUCUUUGGGCUGUUCACAAAGGCAUUUCUAGUGACUUAAUUUGGAAGAUUCACAAGAGUAAAUGAAGCACAAUUUGGAGCAUAAUUUUUGGUUGAAAAAAUAUUCAGUGCAUUCCUUAUAUAUCCUAACAUUAGGCUCUUUGACUGCUAGCAAUUGAGCUAGCAACAUAAUGAGUUCUUUUUUCAGAGCAAUUGCAGUUAAUUUAGAACCCAAAAUAUACAAUUAGUAGUUCAAUUCAUUCCUUCUACCAUACAUUACUUUUUCAACAUUGAAUUUCACCUGUUACUGUACUAGCUAGCUGUAUUAGGCCCUUCUGAACUUCCUUCCAGUCUUCUCUAGUAUUGACUAGUGCUAGCUAGAGAACAAGAACUAAGGGGUUUUGUUUUGUUUUAAAAGAGGUUUAGAAAUUUGGUUUUUUGUUCUGCAUUGGAAUGACACUGAAAACCUUCAAAGAUCGAGAGAGAAGGAGAGCCAAGCGGCAUGGGCAUUAAUCUAGGCUGUGACAGACUUCCGUUCAAGUUCUCACUUUGCCUGAUUUGCUGGGCUAUUGGUUCCUCUCGCAUCAGUUGUUCUUUGCUUUUCAUCAGAAAUUCCAUCUGGAACCUAAAAAGUGUCACCAAACCAAUGCAUUUCCACAAAGUUUCAGUUUUGACCAAUCAAUAUUUUCCAACAACAACAAAAUCACACACACAAAAAAAUCCUGACCAGCUUGGGUCUUGACUAACCUAAAUAACUUUGUGUCAUCUGCACAUUUUGCUUCCUCACAGUUUGUUUCCUUUUUGCUUUCUCUGAUAAAUAUGUUUAACACCACAGACCUUAGAACAAAGCCCUGGGGCUCACCACAGCUAACUUUCUGCUAUGUGAAAAUUGCCUAGGUGUUACUGUUUGUUUUCUAUUUGAUAAACAAAAGUUAAAGCCACUCAAAAAAAUUCAAUACCCAGGUAUUUAAAUGCUUGAUUGGAAGGUUUACAAUAUUCAUUUGAAUAUAUAGUACUGCUUCCAGAGUAUAUUAUAAAAGAAAAACAUUACAAGAUAUUUUAAUUAUCCUUACUUGGUAAUCAUAGAGCCAAACCUCUCAUUUCACUCUAUUAGCAUCUCAGCAACCAGAAGUUCCAUUGAUUGCAACAGGAGUUUUUUUGGUGUUCAAGUUGACUCAGGGUCAGGCACUGUGAAUAUCAUGCCGUAGGCAUACAUCAUAAUAUCCAGCUUAGCUUGUUGUGCCCUAACUCUUGUUUUUCUUGUAAUGUAUCCAUCCAAUGAAAUACUUGCUAUAACUGAUUAGUUGGUGUUGGUCCUGUUUUGAGCAGGGGACUGGACUAGAUGACCUCCUGAGGUCUCUUCCACCCCUAAUCUUGUAUGAUUCUGUGUUAUGGAGAUUAAUUUGCUAAUGCUAUUUUUGUACCAUUGUGCAAAGUAAUAAUACCUCUAACCUCCAAUUUUCCACUUCAUCAGCAAUUAAAUAUACCAAAAUAUUAACUUCCAAACCCAGAAACACAUAGCAAACUGUGUGGUAACAAGGACAAACUGCCUGAAAAAUAGAAAGAGCUUGAUGUAUAACCACAUGGAAUUAAAGAAAAAGAGAGAAGGAGAGAAGGGCAAGAGGCACAGCUACAGAAUAAAAAGUGGGAGGUAGAACUGAAGUUAAAAAUGGGAAGGGAAAUCUCCAGAUAUAUGGUAUUCCAGGAAGUGUGUCCAUUUGUGGCAUAUGCUGUGGUAACCAUUAUCCAAUUCAAGUUCAUAUAAGACUGAUAGGUACUGAGCACUUCCUGCAAGGUACUCUUUUUCAGUGCCCUCAAAUCCUAUUGGCUGCAUUAGUAGCUAAGAAUGCUCUACAGCCCAUAAAAAGCUCCGCAUUUUACAAGAUGAGGCCCAUAAAACUUGCACUGCUUUGUAAAGUACACAUGUUGAAAAAAUAUUUUUCUGAGGAAUUAAAAUCCCAGUCCUCUGGAGAGGGGAAAUGGCUAAUAUAAGGAACCAAAUCACUGGAGCAUAUAUGUUUCAGGGGAGGAAACAGUGGUAUUACUUUUAUAUAACAUCAUUUCAUCACUGUUCAGUAGUUGCCAUUUGGCUCAUUAAGAAGCCUUGAUCAUGUAAAGAAAACAUGUUAUCCUUCUGCAAAGGAAAAGGAAUGCCUUAUCUCGUGCAGAUCCAUCUAAUGUACAAUUCUUUGUGUCUUGUGUAUAAACUCAAGCUGUAUG